ACCCAUCCUAGUAUCAUUAUAUGCUAACAGGUUUUUCCACAUCUCAUUAUGGUUAUAAUGAAAGGCUUAAAUUUGGGGAUGAAGAGGACGAUGUCCGGGAUCUUUGCAGCAUAAUUUCAUAUCACAUAUUAUCUUUCUUUUUAAGAUGGUUCUAGCAGGAUUACGCCCAGAGAUAGUUAUGGAUGUAACAAACCGUGCACUUACAUUUUGGCAUUAUCAAAUGUAUCAGGAGUUACAAUAUCAUAAAGCUAUUAACAAGCGGUCUAGUGAUAAUUUAACCCAGGCUGAGGAAACUUACACUGCUGAAAUUAUGAAACUGAAUGCAGUUUUGCAGAAAGAAAGGAGGAAUAAGGAAGCCUUAGAAAAAGAAGUGGAAAAUCAAUCACGCCAAUUAGGAGAGCUACAGGAUCAAAUUGUACAAAAGAAUCGUCAUCUGCAGAAUCUUAUGGUACUGUAUAUUUAGCAAAGUACACAGUGAAUCCCUUCAACGUAUGACGAUAUUUUUGUUUUCACUCAGAA